GCAGGAGAUAAGCCUUUCUGUGUUUGGGGGAGUCAGGAGGAAUAAAGCUGGUGACGAGUGCCGUAGCUCCCAUUAUAAUGAUCUUAAGCAUCAAGACAUAAGUUUUUCUUCCAAUGAUCCUUCAUCCCGAACAUUUUCACCACCAUGCAAUAAUGAAAUUUCUGUGGGUGCCUUCCAUGAUACCAGGUCUCUUGUGGUUGGUGAACAUACAGACUGGCUCAUCUCUGAAAGUCAAUGGCCCCAAUGUCUGCAGCUAUUGGGAGAGCUAUACGACAGCAGUGAAGGAAUCCUAUGCUCAUCCUUACAGCCAGUCAGCUCUUGACACUUGUGACAGUAUGUGGAAUUACUUCAAGAUGUGUUCUCCUCCAAAAAUCAUGUAUCGGACAGCUUACCGCCAUGGAGUAAAGAUCGACUAUAGGAAAAGGCACCGCUGCUGCCAGGGAUAUUACGAAAGCAAUGAUGAAUGUGUUCCACAUUGCAGCAGGGAAUGCGUACAUGGACGCUGUGAAGCACCAAACCAGUGCCAGUGUGAACCAGGCUGGCGAGGAAAAGACUGCUCCAGUGCCUGUGAACCUCAUUUAUGGGGACCAAAGUGCAACAAUACUUGUAAUUGCCAGAACAAUGGGAUAUGUGACCCCAUUUCAGGAUCCUGCAUCUGCCCUCCAGGCUACAAGGAUUCGUUCUGCAAAAAGCCAUGUGAUCCAGGCACCUAUGGAUUAAAUUGCUUACUGGACUGCCAGUGUAUGAAUAAUGCCAGCUGUGAACCUCAAAACGGAACAUGUAUUUGUCCAGAAGGAUUUACAGGGCCAUACUGUGAGAUCAAAUGUAAAGAGGUUCAGCCUUCAAAGUAUCAGUGCCCAGAGUUUUGCCCAUGCCAGAGUGGAGGCAUCUGUAACCAAAGCACUGGGGAGUGCAGCUGCCCACCAGGAUGGAUGGGCCCUAUGUGUUCCAUCCCAUGCCCCCCUGGAUACUUCGGACCUGGAUGUAAACAGAAGUGCCCUUGUCAUAAUGGUGGACAGUGUGAUCCAGACAAUGGGCAAUGUCACUGCUCCCAAGGGUACACAGGGGAAGGCUGUCUGGAGGAAUGUUCCAUUGGAAAAUAUGGAAGGGAUUGUAAAGAAACCUGUGACUGUGUAAACGCUGUUCGCUGUUACCAUGUUGAUGGUGCCUGUUUAUGUGAGGCUGGCUUCUUGGGGACCAAAUGUGAGGAAAGAAUGUGCCCAAAUAUCAGCUACGGUCUACAGUGCCACAUACGCUGUCAGUGUGAUGUCCAGCACACCAAGAGUUGCCACCCAAUGUCUGGUGAGUGCACAUGUAAACCUGGCUGGGCCGGCUUAACAUGCAAUGAGACAUGCCCCCAUGGCUAUUAUGGAACCAACUGUCAGGAGCCAUGUUUGUGCCUUAAUGGCGGAUCCUGCAACAGCGAGACAGGGCAAUGCCGCUGUGCCCCAGGCUUUACAGGAACUCACUGUUCUCACUUCUGUCCUGAUGACACCUUUGGAGAUGGAUGUUACAAGAAGUGCAAGUGUGUACACCACCUGGCGUGCUCCCCUAUAGAUGGCAUUUGUGUGUGUAAAGAAGGUUGGCAAAAAGGAGACUGCUCUCUGCCAUGUCCUAAGGGAAGCUGGGGCUUCAACUGUAACAGGACCUGUGAGUGUUCCAAUGGUGCAUCCUGCAGCCCCAUCACUGGGCACUGCUUCUGUACAUCUGGGUGGUACGGACAGAAAUGUGAGCUGCCCUGCAAGGCUGGAAACUUUGGACCUGGGUGUGGCCAGAGAUGUGAAUGUAAAAAUGCUGAUGGUUGUGAUCCCGUUACUGGCAAGUGCAUGUGUUUACCAGGAUGGACAGGAGAGCAUUGUGAAAAGACCUGUAAAGAAGGAUACUGGGGGAGGAGCUGUAAUAUGUCUUGCACUUGUAAAAAUGGGGCAUCUUGCUCUGCAGAAGAUGGAUCGUGCACCUGCACAGCUGGUUUCCAGGGCAGCAACUGCGAGAACAACUGCCCUCCUGGACGUUAUGGGAAAAAAUGUACAUUCUAUUGUAAAUGUUCUAACCACUCCACAUGUAACCCCGUGGAUGGAUCCUGUAAAUGUUCUGCUGGGUGGAAAAGCAACGACUGCUCAGAGUCCUGUUCGCCAGGAUUUUGGGGGAAGGAUUGUGCCCAUUCUUGUUACUGUCAAUAUGGAGGACACUGCAGUCCUAUAGAUGGAAGAUGUGACUGCCUACCAGGCUGGACUGGAAAGACAUGCUCUGAUGCUUGUCCUCUAGGGCUAUGGGGGAAAGAUUGCACUAAUAUCUGUUCUUGCCAAAAUGGAGGACAAUGUAAUGCUAUUGAUGGGACUUGUCGCUGCCUUGCAGGAUGGAAUGGGAAAACAUGUUCUGAAGUGUGCCCUCUAGGGACGUUCGGAGAAAACUGUAUGAACAAAUGCAGAUGCCAAAAUGGAGCGGAAUGUGAUCAUAUUACUGGAAAGUGCUCCUGCUUGCCUGGAUAUCAUGGACCCUACUGUGAUAAUCGCUGCCCUCCUAGGACAUACGGGCUCAAAUGCUACCAGGUCUGUGAUUGUCUCCACAAUUCCACCUGUGACCACGUGACUGGUCAUUGCCAAUGUGAGGCUGGUUGGUCUGGUGCACGUUGUGAAAAAGCACUUGAUGUCCCAUUUACAAUGGUUCCAAAGACAUCUGUGAGUGCAGAUUCCAUUGGACCCAUGAUUGGUAUCAUCGCCCUGGUAAUUUUGGUGGUCGCAUUAAUUGCGCUAUUUCUGGUCUACCGUCACUGGCAGAAAGACAAGGAGAGUCAUAACUUAGCCGUGUCAUACACAUCAACCAGACCAGCCAGCUCUGUCUAUGAAGUUCCAGAUGUGCCUCCAAGUUACAUGCACUAUUACACCAACCCCAGCUAUCACACGCUGUCUCAGUGUGUCCCUAACCCACCUCCUGUGCCAAGCAACCAGGACAGACCAGGCUCCAAGAAGAUGAAUCCGCAUUUUUCUAAUGUGAUGAUUGCAGAAAGAGAGAGAAUGAGCUCCUACAGUCCAGAUUACAAUGCCACCUUGCCAGCCGACUGGAAACAUCAGGCUGCACUUAAAGGACGUCAAGGUGUAGACAGAAGUUACAGUGUUGGGGUUUACUAUAAUAAAGGAAAUGAUUAUGUGAAAGACUCUGCUCUCAGCAUCAGCAAUAGCUCCUUGAACAGUGAGAAUCCAUACGCCACAAUUAAAGAUCUUCCGAUGCUGAUGUCCAGGACUUCUGAGGGAAACUACAUGGAGAUGAAGUCUCCUGUCCACCGAGAAAUGUCAUAUGCAGAAAUUGGACUUUUUGAUGAAGACGCCAUGUACCAAGUGGAUUCCAUGGAGCAAGAUAGCUUCAUACGAGGUGCAGCAGCAGCUGCCUCUACAAGUUCUCCUCGUAACAGCCUCCAGACCAACCAUUAUGACUCUCCAAAAAACAGCCACAUUCCCAGUCACUAUGACAUGCCACCAGUCAGACAGUAUCCGUCAUCACCCGGAACAAAGCGCAAAGCCCGAUGAUUACACACAUGUACUGUUGCUAUGAGGUAUCCAAUAUUGGACCUGAUGAGCCGGCACUGCAGAAGCCCAAGCUGGAACCUGUGGGAUCUUCUUGCAGCCAUUACCUUCUUAAUCUGUGAAAUGACUUUGUUUACAGAAUAAGAGCCCCACUUUUUUGCUCGGUGUACAAUACAGACAAAUGGAAGGUUUGUCCUCUCUGUGAAUUAACUUUUCAAGAUUUGAGACUGGGCUCUCUAAAGAAAUAUGUCUCUGGUCUUCUAGAAGGCAACUAUGUUAUGAUGGAGACUGGACUCUCCAAGGAGUCUUUUUGAAGACAUUUACUACAUCUGGCCAUGACAUAGAUGUGACUGUGUCACAAGUGUUCAUGAAGGCAUGUAUAAUCUUUUAAUGGUAUAGAACUGACUUUUUUAGAUGCAGCUGUCAUAAAGAUUUAGCAUGUAAAACGGCCAAAAACAUAUGACUCCUCAUAUAAAACUAAAUCCUACCUCGUCUUGCAGAUUUUAGCCCGUUUUGUUAAAACUUUUAUGUCAGAGCACACCAUAUGCUAAUUGCCAGCAACUAUUCAUUGAGGUGAGAGUCACACAUGUACUCACACCUAUGAAGAUGUGAUUGACAGGUGUGAUUAGACUUUGUACUUUUACUGGUUUCACUGUUCAUGUAGGGUCAUACGUAACUGAUUUGCAGCGUAUGUCUGUGAUUGCUGCUGCAAGCUAGACACAGGGGGGGAAACAGCCAUAGGGUCAGCUCUUCCAUGGAUUUGCAGCGUAAAACAUGCUGCAGAUCUGUUACGAGUGACCCUACCCUUCUACUGCAUUUGUGUGAGUGCUCAAAAGAUUGUGGUGGUACACUUGUCCGCAGGCAGUGAUUUAUUAGCAUUAAAUGCAUAUGCCCGGGGAAGAUAACACUUCAAAACCUGCACAAUAUUUUAACUUGGAGCUGAUGAAGCAAGUGAGAGUCAUAUGUUCCCGAUCCUUUUAUAUGCUAAAUAUUGGUGACAGAUUCUACUAUUGGUGACAGGAGUCUACUUGAAUUGGUUUACAGUUUUUUUCUGGUAGUUUGGAAUGGCCUGUCAAAUAUCAAGACAUUCUUGUUAAAGUUGUUCACUUCAUCAUGUCACAAUGGAGUCUAAAAACAAACUCUUAAUGAAGGCAUCUAAUUUUAUCUUUAAUUGAUGUUGAACUGCUCCAUUAAACAUCUAAUAAUGAAGUCAAUGAAUUAGAAUGGUUCUGGACAUAGUGCCUGCUAUAAUUAUGUUUUUAAAUUGCAACAUGUUAAUAAAAUAAAUACUUUUUUAAAAUAAAUCAGUC